AUGCUGGCUUCGCGGAUGGCGCGCGCCUCUUGGGGGGCCCUGCGCGUCGCCGCGUGGGCACCGGGAGCGCGGCCGGGAAAGGGGCGCGCCCGCGGGGCUCUGCUCCCGCCCGCGCCCGGCUGCCUAGGUUUCCUGGCUGAGCGCUGGUGGCUGCGCCCGGCCGCGCUCGGCUUGCGGCUGCUUGGGGCUAACCCGCGAGCCCACUGUUCGGGCGUGGAGAAGGCAGCCCCCGGGCCCGCGACCGGCGAGGACGCUGCUGUUGAGGCCCGACGCGGCCAGUGGGGCCCGACGAGCGCCUCCAACCUGUAUGAAAACCCAUGGACAAUCCCAAAUAUGUUGUCAAUGACGAGGAUUGGCUUGGCCCCAGUUUUGGGCUAUUUGAUUAUCGAAGAAGAUUUUAAUAUUGCAUUAGGAGUUUUUGCUUUAGCUGGGCUAACUGACUUGUUGGAUGGAUUUAUUGCUCGAAACUGGGCCAGUCAGAAAUCAGCUUUGGGAAGUGCUCUUGAUCCACUUGCUGAUAAAAUACUUAUCAGUAUCUUAUAUAUUAGCUUGACCUAUGCAGAUCUUAUUCCAGUUCCACUUACUUAUAUGAUAAUUUCAAGAGAUGUAAUGUUGAUUGCUGCUGUUUUUUAUGUCAGAUAUCGAACUCUUCCAACACCGCGAACACUUUCUAAGUAUUUCAAUCCUUGUUAUGCCACUGCUAGGUUAAAACCAACCUUCAUCAGUAAGGUAAACACAGCAGUUCAGUUAAUCUUGGUGGCAGCUUCUUUGGCAGCUCCAGUUUUCAAUUAUGCUGACAGCAUUUACCUUCAGAUCCUGUGGUGUUUUACAGCUUUUACCACAGCCGCAUCAGCUUACAGUUAUUAUCAUUAUGGCCGGAAAACUGUCCAGGUGAUAAAAGGCAGAUGA